AAUGCAAAUAUAAAUAGUUCAAGAAUAAUAUUUAUGAAUGCACUUGCUUCUUUUAAUAAUAAAAAAUAGUUACAAUGGCAAAGUUGCAGAAAAGUAGUUUUUGUGUUAUACUGUGUUUAAUAUUGUUUACGGGGAAAGUUUUUGCUUUUGAGUAUGUUGUAUUUAAAACCGACACAGUUCCUGUACCUUCUAUUGUUAAAAGAGACAUCAAACCGGAUCUUCCGGAAAUUAAAGAAUUUAUGGUUGACACACGUGUAUCUAACCAUUUUGCAGAAACUAGUGUUACUAACUUAGUCGAAAACCCAGACAAUUACACCAAACAAACUACUUUUUCCGUAGUUCUGCCAGAGAGGGCUUUCAUUUCAGGUUUUUACAUGGAAACUGAUGGAAAAAAAUAUAAGGCCUUCGUGACCGAAAAGGAUUUAGCUAGAAAUAUCUUUUACAAGUCUGUAGCAACAGGACAAACUGCUGGACAUGUUGCUGUGAGCACAAAAAAUUCAAACAGAUUUACUAUAACGGUCAACGUAGAACCUCUAAGCAAGGUACUCUUUAAAUUAGAUUAUGAGGAACUACUACAAAGAGAAAAUGGACAGUACGAAAUUAUCACCAACAUCCAACCUGGUCAAAUUGUCAAAAAAUUGAAGGUGACGGUAACCAUAAAAGAGAAUCAACCCUUGGUGUUAUUGAAAACACCUUACCUUCAGGCAGGCAGUGGGUCGAUGGACCUGGGACAAACGAAAAUAGAUCCUGAUGCACGUGUCCAUAUAAAAAAGAGUACAGCUAGGGUAAUAUUUGAACCGGAUGUUGAAAGACAAAUGGAGUUUGCCUGCAGCGGACUCGGAAAUACGGAGUAUAAUGGAUUUGCUGGACAGUUUAUUGUUAAUUAUGAUGUUAAUAGGACCAAUGAAGCAGGAGAAGUAUUUUAUCAAGAUAAUUUCUUCUUUAUUUCCUUUGCACCACAAAGUUUAGAUCCUCUCCCCAAACAUAUGGUUUUUAUACUUGAUACCAGUGGAAGUAUGGAAGGUUUCAGAAUUAGCCAGCUAAAGGAUGCAAUGUCGAAGAUUUUGCCUCAGUUAAACGAAGAAGAUGUCUUCACUAUUAUUCAAUUUGAGUUUAAUGUUUUCGAUUGGAAUCUAAAUAAUAAUGGAAAUAACGUCUUUAAUAAUAAGGAUAUCUAUAAUCUACCUUAUGGACAUUUGGCUGACGAGUUUAAGUCGUAUACUCCUUCAAUAAUAGAAGCCUCCAAGAAAAAUAUUGAAACUAUGAAAAAUGCAAUUAAUAAUUUUAAUGCUAAGGGUGGUACGAAUACUAUAGGAGCGUUAGAAGUUGGAUUAAUGGCUGUAUCAGCGACCCAGAAAAAAUACCCAAAUAAAUAUCUACCCAUUAUCGUCUUUCUUACAGACGGAGAGCCAGAAAUUAGGUCUAAAGAUGCAGAUAAUGUAACUUAUAUAAACGAAGUGAUAACAAAAUUGAACAAAGCUAGUUUUAAAACUCCGAUAUAUUCGUUAUCCUUCGGAGAUGACGUAAAACCUUUAUACAGAAGGUUCCUGAUAAACCUAAGUAAUAAUAAUUUUGGAAAGGAGCAUAAGGUUUUUGUCGACUUGGAUUCAUCGCAAUAUCUUCAAAAAUUCUACGAAACUAUUUCUGUGCCUUUGUUAAGAAACAUUUCUUUGAAUAACUUACCACCAUCAGCACAACUCACAAAAAUAAAUUUUCCAAUUUUUUUUAACGGAUCGGAGAUAGUGAUUGCUGGAAAAGGGGUUGGAAAGAACAAAGCCUUGCCAGUAACAGUUUCAGCAAACUCAAAAAAAGGCCUCAAACACUUCGAACCACAGAUAGGCGUUCCUUUGGCAAGACUAGAACGAAUUUGGGCGUAUUUAACAGUGAAACAAUUAGCCGACCAAUAUUAUGCCACAAAAAACAGCACACUUGCCAAAAUAGGUUUAGAAAUAGCUAUGAACCAUUCCUUGGUAACGGAUUUUACUUCUUUAGUUGUGGUCAAAUCAGAUACACCUAAUGAAACCGUGGAAAUUGAAGAUGCUUACACUGGAAUAUUUCCCAAAAAACCCACUGAAUUACCAAUGUGCAAAAAUAUCACAAGUAGUUGCUCUUUGCCUGAUGAUAGUGGAAUUUGUGUCGAUUUUACCGAUAAAUGGUUUUAUAGUACACUUAAACACCAAUGUGAACAGUUUAAAUAUGGCGGAUGUUAUGGAAACGAUAAUAGAUUUGCAACUAAACAAGAUUGUGAACAAGCAUGUGUGAAUCCAACGGGUCCAGAGAGAUGUAAGCUCCCAAUUUCUUUGGGUACGUGCAAUAAAAAAUUACUGCAAUGGUUUUACGACCAAGCCAAACAUACUUGUGUCCAAUAUGCAUACGGUGGUUGUCUCGGUAAUUCCAAUAGGUUUAAUUCAAAAUACGAAUGCUUAAAAUUAUGCAAUCCGAAUAAGGUGAAGAAAACUGUAAACGCUACGGUAACGAUUAAAAAAAAGUGUAUUAAAGUAAAAUCUACGAAAGGAAAGACAUACAAUAUUUGUCUGUCUUAAUAAUAUUUUUAUUUUUGGAAUAAUAAAUAUGUCUUAAGUUUU